GCUCUCUCUGUGUGUAUCUUCUUCUCAUCUUUCUCUGCUGAUCGAUCUGUGUCAUGGAUACGAACAACAUCAACAACAACAACAACAUGGUCUCUUUUCCAUCUGGGUCUGAUUCAGUAUCAAGCCACACCACCUUCGUGCAGGCAGACCCAUCAACAUUCAGAGCUGUGGUUCAGAAGCUGACGGGUGCUACCAAUGAUCCAUCACUGAAGAAGCUACCCGUCACGGUUCCUGCUCGACAAACUGGUAAGGGAUUGUUUGGUGAGAUGGGUGCUCGAAAACCAGCGUUUAAGCUCCAGGAAAGAAGGCAGAGUCUGAGGAAGCUUGAGAUCAAGCUUGAAGCUGCUAGUUUUGGUGGUGGUGGUGGUGGUGGUGCAGGGAUUUAUUCACCGUCAGCCGUAGGUGGUGGUGCUGCUGCUACAAGACAGAGGUGCUUCAUGGGGGGAGUAGGUGAGAUGACGUUGGUUUCCCCUGUUUCGCCCUUUGAUUUGUUGUCUCGAGGGAGCCCAAGAACCCCAACUCCACGGUUAACGCCGGAAGAGGAGGAAGAGAGAGCGAUUGCAGAGAAAUGCUUCUAUUUGCACCCUUCGCCUCGCAGUACACCAAGAAGCUCUGAACCUGAGUUGCUUCCUCUGUUUCCUCUGCAUUCUCCAAGAGACUCUACUCCUUCUUCUUCUCCUUAG